UAUGUUUAUAGAGCAGCGAGUUGGCGAGUUAUCACUUAUCAGUCGGAGUCGGAGUCGGUUUUUAAUCACUAAAGUCCAAACAUUUUCUCAUUUCUUUUCUUGAAAAGUCUAAGUUUUGCAGGUAGAAGAAAAAUAUCGUAGUCUCUUGAUUUAAAUCGUUUUAAGUCAAAAUGGAAUUCUUAUUUUCUUUACCCUACUUUGUUUUGGAAGUGCCGAACAUGAAAAUCAAAAGGCCCUCUUGGUUUCAUCAACCGUCAGCCUUUGUUACUUAUGCUUUAAUUUUGCUAUCAUAUUUUCUUGUCACUGGAGGUAUAAUCUAUGAUGUUAUCAUUGAACCGCCAAGUAUAGGUUCUACCAUGGAUGAGCAUGGUCAUUCGAGGCCGGUUGCUUUCAUGCCGUACCGGGUGAAUGGCCAAUAUAUUAUGGAAGGGUUGGCUGCCAGUUUCCUUUUCGUAUUAGGAGGAUUAGGAUUUGUGAUUCUUGAUAGGACGCAUAAUCCAUCAACGCCCAAGCUCAAUCGCAUCCUGCUUGUCACCGUUGGAUUUUUGUGUAUUGUCAUCUCAUUUGCAACUUGCUGGGUCUUUAUGCGAAUGAAACUUCCAGGUUACCUAAGGUAUCGGGAGUAGAUGCUAUCACUGAAUUUAUCUCUCAUACCAAAAUGUUACUUUCAAUGAAAGGACUCUAAUUUUAAGGACUAUUUCCUGAGGAUGCGCUGAGUUACUCUAAAUAAAACCAAUGCUGCUGAAUUGGUCUUAUUUUGAAAUGUUCCAAAAUUAUAUCAAUCAUACUGCCAGAUAUUUUCUUUCUUUACUUGAAAACUUUUGUUCUAAGUAAAUCUCUAAUUUUAAAGAACAAAGUCUGGAUGUAAGCCUGAAUUUCAUGGAAAUAUUGUAUUUUUAAACCAAAACGUGUAAAAUACAAGAUUAGCUAGUAAUUUUUUCACAGUUUUUAAAA